GCCUCACCGAGAGCAAACAGAAGGAUUUUUAUACUUUUAAAGUUGUGAACAGCAGAGGGAAGUUAGUGUCUCUAGAGAAAUACCGGGGAUCGAUGUGACUAACACAGCACUACUGACGCGGAUAAGUUAACUGCAGGCUGCUCUGGAUGUCCCAUCAUGUAGCCUACGUGGCAACAGGCCUGCAGGAGCUUCUGCAGGAGAGUUUUCAUUUUCAUUCAAACGGCUCACCAGAGUCCUGAUCUGGUCCUGAUCUCUAUUACCACUUAAUGUGAUCAGACUGCCAGUGAUGUUGGUGCAUAACUGAUGAGGUUGUUCCCAUUGGACAUGCAAGUGUCCCUGGUGGUGAAUGUAGCCAGUGAAUGUGGCUUCACUGAGGAGCACUACAAAGACCUGCAGCAGCUCCAUCGGGACUUUGGCCCGUAUCACUUCAACGUGCUGGCCUUCCCGUGCAACCAGUUUGGGCAGCAGGAGCCCGGCAGCGACAAGGAGAUUGACAGCUUUGUGCGCAGAGUCUAUGGAGUCUCCUUCCCUCUCUUCAGUAAAAUUGCUGUGGUUGGAACCGGAGCCAACAAUGUCUACAAGUACCUUGUUGAAUCCGCUGGAAAGGAGCCUGACUGGAAUUUCUGGAAGUAUCUUAUUGACGUAAACGGCAAAGUGGUGGACGCAUGGGGACCAAAAGUUUCUGUGAAAGAAAUCCGACCUAAAAUAGCUGAAAUGGUGCGGCAGAUAAUCUUAAAGAAGAAAGAGGAGCUUUAACCCGUCACCCUUCGCUACACAGUGUUCUGCUGUACGAAAUUUAAACACAUUGGUACAUGAAGCAAAGGGAUCAACUCGACACAUUUAUGUUGCCAGUACAAUCUGACUUGGUAAGGAUAAACCAUUAAAUUUAAAUCACAUAGUGAAAGCAAAAUUGUUUUCUGAAAGCACUGAUGAAACACCACUAAGUUUUCCAACUUAAUGUCCAGUUUUAUAUCUUGUGAAUUACAUUUUUAUACCAAAGAACUCCUGUUUCCCAUGUUGUGUGGAUUAUGUGUGUUUUUUCUGAUUUGUUGAAUAAAAAUCAAUAAACUCACUGUGAUGGGAACAAUAA